AUGUCCGAAACCAGCCGGGCGAGGGCUUCUCAUGCCCGGGCUCCUCUCGCGGAUGCUACUCAGCGCAUCAACAAUGCUUCACCCAAAACCCCUGCUAAGCCACCCAAGUCGCGCGACAAAACCGCUGGUCAUUCGCACCACGCUGCUGCCUCCGACCGACAACGCUAUGUCGACAAACACGAUCUUCCCGUGUCCGGGGCGAGGGCGAACGCUGCUUCCGGCUCCCGCAACCCUGCCGUGGCAAGAGCGAGGGCGUCCCAAGAAACCGACCCGUCGAAGCGCAUGUCACAGGCCUCUCAGACUUCCACGGCCCCAUCGAGUAAAAGAAACAGCGGCUACGCUUACAAGACACAUAUCGGACCCUGGUUACUGGGCAAGACUCUCGGAAAGGGCUCCUCAGCUCGUGUAAGGCUUUGCAAGCACCGGCUUUCCGGAGAGUUGGCCGCCGUCAAAAUCGUCCCCAAGAAAACCGCCUACUUGAUUCAAGCUGGCAGCCUCGCUGAACUCCACGACUAUGACGAUAGCCUACCCGAGAAAAUCAACGGCGAAAUGCGCGUGCCUCUUUCAAUCGAGCGAGAGGUGGCCAUCUUGAAGCUGGUCGAUCACCCCAACGUUAUGAAAGUCUAUGAUAUUUGGGAGAAUCGCUCAGAGAUUUAUCUGGUGCUCGAAUACGUCGAGCAGGGAGACCUAUUUGACUACAUCAAUAACAAUGGUCGCUUCACAGAGGAGGGCGCCAUGUUUCUCUUUCGACAGAUGAUGAGCGCUCUCCAAUACUGUCAUUCCUUCAACAUCUGUCAUCGCGAUCUCAAACCCGAGAACAUUCUGCUGACUUCCGACAACAAAGUCAAAAUUGCCGACUUUGGCAUGGCUGCCUUGCACCAGUCUUCGGACCAUCGUCUCGUCACAGCUUGCGGCAGUCCUCACUACGCCGCUCCCGAGCUUCUGAAGCACAAGCAUUACCGCGGAGACAAAGCGGACAUAUGGUCUCUGGGAGUCAUUCUCUAUGCACUUCUGGCUGCAUGCUUGCCUUUCGAUGAUCCGGACAUCGGAGCAUUGCUGCAGAAAACCAAGAGGGGCAUAUAUGAAAUACCAGAGUAUUUGAGCCCGGAAGCCAAAGAUCUCAUUCGCCGCAUGCUCGUCGCCAAUCCUGACACCAGAAUCAGCAUCAAGGAGAUGUGGCAGCACCCGCUGAUUCGCAAGUACGACUAUCUCGAUAACCUCGGCAACAAUGGCCAACUCCAUGACCUUCGCAAGGGCUUCCAUUACACUCCCUUGAAGCCACACGAGGUCGACCCUCACUUGGUCAGACAGCUUCGGUCUUUGUGGCACAUGCUUACUGAACACCAAAUCAAGUUGAAGCUCAUGGAUUCGGCGAAAAACGACCAAAAACUAUUCUAUUGGCUUCUUCACACCUACCGCCAGAAGCAGCUCGAGAAUUUUCUUCCGGAGCUUUCACAGUCGCCCAGUGAUUACCAUCAUCUUCAUGAGCCUAUUUGGAAGAAAAGGGUGUCAACUGUCGAGUUCAAACAGCCUAGAGCAGACGGAACUGGCAGAAGUGUCUCGCGUUUCACGGUCAUUUCGCACGUCGCAGAAACUGACGAUGGCACGGUUCAGAGCUACGAUCCUUACAAUUCAAGUCGGCCUAUGCGCGGUCAUUCUCAGGCCAGCCAUGCCAAGAUUGUGGUCCAUCGCGCUCGGCGAGGAUCCAUGAAGCGAGACAACACUCAGACAUCACAACUGUCGCGCGUCAAGACAGGCUCAACAAUACGCCAUUCGCGCGUCAAUUCUCAGCGAAUAGCCAACCCUGGUCGCUUCCAGUCGCCUCGCAGCUCAAUGAACUCUCUACACAGCAGCAGACAGGGAACUUCUUAUGCCCGGCCAGCUUCUCGCCACAAGAGAGGUAUUGACUUUUCUCACAUAAGAAAGAAGUCUACCGAUCUUCAAGUGGACAAGCGUCGCCGAGGCGUCUCUAAAGCCAUCGGAGAAGAGGAACAGCAGGAAAGACCCACGUCGCCGACAAGCCCCCAAAAGCAGGCUCCUGUGAUGGAAAGGCCCAGGCCGAGGCUCAAGAUUAUGAAGCCUCGAGACCCCGCUGUCAUUGUCAACGAGGAGGUGCGCGACUUCAGCAACAGUAUCGCCAAAGACUGCGAUGAAGCUUUCAACAGUUUCAUGACCGCCGAUGAGACAACCGAGCUGUGUUUGGAUGAAGGAAUCGGCAGAGAAAGAGACUCAACGGGCCUGUCUUUGAGACAACCAAGACCAUCGACGGAGAACUCAACUAAUCCGUACCACCCGUGGGACACCCGGCCCUUACCCCCUCUGCCACCUCCCAGAUCAACGCAGUCUCCGAGCCCGGCAGCAGACAGAACAGAAAUGUAUCAAGAUCAGUCUAGGGAUGCGCACAACAACACUGGUCGUGUUGGAAAGUUUGUGGAUCAAGUCAACCGCUUAGGCUUCCCUGCCUUGUUGCCCAAACAGGACCGCCGCACCGUGUCUGCACCACCCCAAGGACAGCACGAUAGGACUGGGGGCCGUCUGCCGGCCAUCAAUGAAAACGGAAGAGAUUCGGAGUCGUCAUCACACUGGGGCGAAGGUGACAGAAACAGGAUCGUGUCUGCGCCCCCUAAGACUCCAGCCGGCCAAACUGAUGAGGGCCUAGACUACCUAGUUCGGGCAGGCGAGACGAUUCGCGUGGUCAACUCUCCGAGUGCAACGAGCCCAAUCCCCAAGCCUUUGAAUGUUCGGAAGAAGACCGCAGAGCGGCCAACUCACCGCGAUCAGGUCGAUGAGCGUUUCGUCUACAUGCACGGGGCGUCGGGCGUAGAUGAGCCGCAGAUCCCCUCAACUGCGACUCACACCAGUGGCCCGACCAAGCAGAAGAAGUCGUCAUGGUUUAAGCGUGUCUCGAAGGAUAGCACUUCUAGAGAGGGAAGCAUCCAUACUGAGGCAACCCUGGAAACUCAGGCGUGCAGCAUGACAACCCAGUCCACAGCCCCGAGCCGCUCCGAGACGAAGUUCCACGAACCACCUCCGCCAGUGGCAGCCAAGAAGAAGGGCUUCGGAUUGCUCUUCUGGAGGAGCAAUAAAGACAAGACCGAGGGUAAGAUGGAGAUUGCUGGCCCAGAGUAUGACGACUCGCCUUCUCCCAAGCAUCGAAGCGCUGUCCAACACAAGACUAGCCGGAAGUCAGCUAAGGGCUGGAACGGUUCAGAUAGUGGCGCACGAACCAUUGACGUCCAUCGUAAUUGGCUUGCCAGACUAUUUGGGGUCAAGCCGGCGACGAGCUACGUGUGCUUGAUGAUGUCUCGCAAGCGAUCUCGACAGGAAAUCGUUGCUCUCCUUAAAGACUGGCGACGUUAUGGUAUGGGUGAUAUUCAAGUUGACAAGGAGAGAAACAUUGUGUUUGCCCGUGUUGGGGCCGAGAAUUACUUAGGCAUGAAAGAAGUUGCAUUUGCCGCGGAGGUUAUGACGGUGAUUGAGCAUGGGAAGAAGGGGCCGCUCUGUAUUGUUCGAUUUACCCAGGAGCGUGGAGCGGCAAGCAGCUUCCACAAGGUGGUGGACACGGUUCGGACAGUUUUCGGAUCCCGUGGACUACUUGUCACGGAUAAGUCCAAGGAGAAGAUGAUGAUCAAAACGCUCAAUUCCUGA